AUGAAUAAUAUGGAUUGGAAUCAAGUAUCGUUCCCGGUGGACCGUUUCAUCCGAGUUUGCGACGAGAAUUUGGCUGAACUGCGGCAAAAACACACGGUCAUUCAAAAAGUUGGUCAAGUUUUAGUAAAGAUUUGAAGAUUUUGCUAUGAAAUCGAUUAAAGUUUGUUUAUUUUUUAGUGUGAGAGAGAAAAAGAUUACGAAAGAGCGACAGUGGAGAAGGAAGCGGCCAAAGAAUUGAUAAAUCAUAUCCAAACCGCUCUUCAUGAGGCAAGUACAAUAUAAUUUUUUUUAUUUUUUCCCUUUUUAGUUGCUGAACUUGCGUUCCAAACUGGAUGAGAGCACCAAGGAACGGUUUGACGCGAGAAUUGAAGGGACCACGAAGAGAAUAUCCCAGACAAUCACAUUGAUAUUACCUAAAUUAGGGACAACCACACAAAUCCGCGAAAAUCUGGAUCGCCCGCGAACUUCGACAAGUUCAGGCGAUGGAAUUGGCCAGAAAGGACCUGCAGAACAUCCAUUCAAACCAACGGGAACGGGCAAUCCAUUCGACUCGAACUAUUUUGAGGACUGCUUUGAUGACGAUCAGAUCAAUCGGGCGGCCUCGGAAUAUGAGGCACAACUUCAAGUGGAAGCCGAGAGAAGCUUCAAGGAAAAACGAAUUGCUGAGCUGAAGUUGAAGGCUGAACAGGCCAGAGCGGACGCUGAAGCGACCAAAAAAUUGAAUGAUGUGAGUUGAGUCUCGAGACGAAAGUUUUGGCUAAAAAAUUUUGGGUGCGAUUUGAAAAUAUAGGGUAAAAUACGUUGAACGUCAGUUAAACAUGAUAAAGCUUUUGAAAUUUGCAAACGAAUCGAUUUUUUGCGGAGUUUUGGAUAUUACACUAGAUAACGAUGUAAAAAGCUUUCAAUAAUUUUUUAUAUGCCCAAUAUUUAAUGGAAAAUUUAGGUUGGUAUACUGUAAAUGGACUAAUGUAUUAGUUUUAGACUGUUUUGAAAUUUUUGGAAAGGAUUUUUGAUCAUUUUUAUAUUAUACUAGGCAUCAAUUUUCUUUAGGUCAAAAGUGUUUUUGAUAAUUGAAAUUUACUUCUAAUAAUGCAUUUACAGGACAUUGAAGACCUAAAUCAAAUCAUGAUUGACCUCCACCAACUGGUCCAUAGCCAAAACGAACUCGUCGAUUCAAUUGAAGAUCAGGUGGAACGCACGGUGCAUGAUGUGCAUGCUGGUCAUAGAGAGCUCAAGAAAGCCGUCAAAACCAAACAAGCCCGAGUACCCUUCUAUGCUGCCGCUCUGGGCUCACUCGCCGCUGGAGGACCGGUAGCGGUGGCCGCGGGAUCAGCUGUGGCCGGAGUUGCAGCUGCAGUUGGCGGAGCUGUAGCUGGAUUGUAUGGAGGAAGGCUGAUCAAGAAAAAAGUUGCUGAAGAGAACUCCUAA